GAUACAGAAAGUCUCAGCUCGACUGCUGCUAUCCUGGUUGAGGUGGACCCUCCCGCUAGCUACCCCGGCCGGAUCGAGAUCCGUUCUGAAAGGAAAGGAUGCCCAUAAUUGCCAAGGAAGCUAGUUUAUUCAGUGCAAGAACAUGGCAGCGACGCACUACUGAUUCCUAUUCGCGUUGUCAUUAACGUGGCUGGCAUUCAGUGAGUGUAGUGCCCACGCUAUCUCCAUCCAUCGGAGCAUCAUCAUCAUCACGGCUAUCCUUGAUUCCUUGUCCCGAGUUAAUGCCCUUUCCUGGCUCACUGGCUGGCUGGGCUGGGCUAGGAGUGAGCUGAGGCCUGAGGCUGCUUCGUCGUCAUCUCCUACCAGCGGCGGCCGUGUUUAGAGGCGUCACAUGCCGGGGAGGCGCCUGCUGGUUGGUCGCUGGACGGAGAGAAAGGGAUCGGCCGCCGCAUGAGUAUCACUGUCACCUCACCUGUUGCGAGAGAGGUGAGCGGCGAGAUCGGAGACGACACUGGAACGUGAGACAGCAAUAAAGAAAGCAGCAAGAGGUGGCCUCGGAGUGGCCCCCCACGACCAUGGCUCCAUGAGCGAGCGACACCGAUCAAGCAAUCAUGCACGGAUUCAGCAGGGAGGCAGCAGGCUCCACGGCUGCCGCUUCCUUCCUCCCGGCCCGGACGGAUCGAAUGGAAGGAGGCGUCCGGACGGGUGGUCGGAGCAGCCUCCAGGGCACGAGCAGGUCCGUCCGUCCUUUUCCCUUCAACCACCGCACGGUCUGCCGCGAAUCCCCCCUGCUUUCUUCCUCCUGCAGACAAGGAGAGGCGGAUAUAUUAUAUCAUCCUUCGAUACUACUACUACUGCUACCGCAACAGCUCACCGGGCGGCGGUGCAGGAUAAUUAUUCUUUGCUGAGCCGUGCAAUGCCGCCGCCGUCGCCGGAUAUCGCGAGCUGCGGCUCGUCCUCGGAGGAUGACCCGCCGUCUCCGGCGGUCGCCCGCGGCGAGCAGCGGCUCCUGGUGGUGCAGCUGGUCCCGAGGGGCGUCUCGGACGGGCUCCUCGGCAAGUUCGCGGACACCAGCGCGUUCGACUUCGACUACGACCGCAGCGGGCUCUGGUCGCCGCUGGUGCUGCGCCACGAGGUCCUGCUCCUCGCCGCGCAGUCUUCCUCGUCCCCGGGCCACGGCCGGCGCCGCGGCGGCGGCCGGCCGCGGCACCGGUGGCGCCGGAAGCGGAGGAAGGCGCUCUGCUGCUGCUGGAGAUGGUGGUGAGUGAUGUGCAGUGUCGGUGUGGCCUACGGAUGAUUCGUCUGGAUGCUGCCGAAUCUCUCUCCAUUUGUUCCGCAAUCUACAAGAGCAAAUACUUGUGAACUGUGGCUUGUACCUAUGCGUGUGGUGUUGCAGAGUCCAAACGCAAGACGACGACAUGUGUCGUGUAAUUCAGUAGCAGCGCAGCACGUACACUGCCUUUUCAUGAUUCUUGGAGGCAUGUGCAUCUGGCAUUCGGAUGCACCCUGUAAAUCUGUAAUGUAACCACACCCUUUGUUGUUGUUGUUGAGUCUUCUUGCUGCACGUUGUUUUUUGGUCCAUUUGGUUUUUGGUACAGACAAAACCAGCAUGCAGAUUCAUUGUGAUGUUCCUCUACUUCACUCUGCGACGGUUGACAGAUCCUGCCCUGUACUGUAUAGCUGGAGGGGAAUAUAGCUGGAGGGGAAAAGGAGCCUACACGGUUUCCCGUGAAAAAUGGUACGAAGUCACAAGGUCAAAAAUAUGUGCACUACAAAAAGUUCCUUAGUAAUCGAAGGAUUAGGGGAACUCCAGGACACAACUACUUGCAGGC